AUGAGCUCAGAAAAAUCUCAGUAUCUGUACUGCUUACCUAGAACUGAUUUCAUAGCUUCCAAGGUAAGCCGUCCCAAAGACAAACUUGCUGGUAUCGGAGGGAGCGAGGCUGGGGCCUCCUGUCCCCCUGCAGGCUGGGUGUCCGGGCUCGCGGCCCGCACGCGGCGCCCGAGUGGAGGGUCCCGCCCCCGCGCCCCACGUGUCUUCCAGGCGCCCAGAGGCCAACGGUCCCCAGCCGCGGGCGCUGCAGCUCCGGCCGAGUCCGCAGACCUCGGGAGCGUCCGGAGGGCGAACCCCGCGGCAAGGCCCGCCCCGGCGGCCCCCAUGAGCAGCUCCCCCGGCAGGCCCCCGCCCGCGCCCUGCCCCCGGGGUCGCCGGAGCCCGCGGCCACCGCCGUCCCGGACUCCGGGCCCCGUUCAGUACGUCCAGUGGGGGCGGCCGGCACCCAGCACCCGCCUCCCCGAGCUGCGGCCCCGCCGGGACCCCGCCAAGCCCCAGCGGGGGAUCCCCGAGGCCUGCAGCCGCCCGGCCCGGCCCGGGGACACUGCCCCGCGGCGAGACCCCGCCUGCGCCGGGGAGGACUGCACGAAGCGGGGGCCGUGGCGAGCCGCGAACCCAGGAGGCACCUGGAGCCCGGUGACCAUCAGGACCGCCCCUCCCGAGCACCCCGAGAGCCCCUGGGGGUCCCCAGGAAUGCAAGCCCACCCCGCAGGCCACCCCGCCGCCCAGGAGCCCGCCGACCCCUGCACCCCGGAGACCCAGCUGACGGCGCUCGGCCCGGGCCGCAGGGGGAGCGCCACGAUGGGCGGGCCGCUGGGGGUGCAGGCCCCAGGCAGCAAGGGCGGCAGGCGGAACCCGCAGCCCCGGCCCUCCGCCUUCAAGCCGCUGACCAAAAACGGAGCGGUUGCGUCCUUCGUGCCCAGGCCAGGGCCUCUGAAGCCCAGCCUCGGCUCCUGGAGCCUCGGUGUCUUCGACGACGCGCGGCCUUUGGUGCUGGUGCAGCCCGCCCCGUCCGCGGUGUGGGCGCUCUGGGAGGCCAGGCCGCCGGCCUGCGGCAGCUGCGCCUCGGUCUCCGUCGCCCUCCAGGACGCCCAGUCCGCCGGCCCCUUCGGCCCCUGAGAAUCUCGGCCCUGCCCCCCCCACCUUCUGAGACUCAAGUCCCCGUAUCUACUUCCACCUGCUCAUCCUUGCUGUCCCCCAACAUGGGACGCUGACCCCGCGUUAUCAAGAAUCCCGCCCCGGCCCCGCCUGCAUGCCCACAAUCUUGCCUUCGCGCUCCCUGCCACCCCAGCAGCUGCUGAUUUCAGCUUUGCCCUGCUGGUCCUCUCCGCCUUGCCCUUCUUCAUGCCCUUCCUCUGAAAAGAGGCAUUUCAGGAAGGCUUGCUUUUUUCUCCAUGCCUUCCACUUUGGAUUGUUAGAUUGCCCAGGUUGUAUGGUUAAAUAUUUGAUCUUAUUAAAAACAUU